AUGCUUCAGAAUGUCACCGCCUACGCUAUGCAAACUGGAGGCAAAGAGGAAGAAAAGGAUAUAUUCUGGCAGGGAGAUACUCUUGCUCGGAGCAGACCUAAACGGUCAUGUGGGGGAGAAAAGAAAUGGUGCAAGUGUAACGGGAACCACGGAUACGGCACAUGCAAUGAAGAAGGCGAACGCAUUCUAAUUUCGCCACAGCGUACAACCGAGCAUUAG